AUGGGCUGUUUGUCCAUCAACCGAGACACAAUCUCCCUCGUGCUGAACGUUCUCGCUGUGGGUCUGUCAGCCACCGCUCUGAGCAGCACAUACUGGUGUGUUGGGACACAGAGAGUACCCAAACCCACCUGUACCAAACUCAGGACAACAGGCUGCACCGUUCCCCUGGACAUGGAGAUGGAUUCUAAUGGCAGCACCAGACACACCCAAUAUAACUGGGAAAUGGGAGACGAUCGCUUUAUUUUCCGAUCAUUCCAUACCGGGAUCUGGAUUUCCUGUGAGGAGAAUAUCACUGGCACAGGGGAAAGGUGCCGGAGCUUCAUUGAUUUGGCCCCCGUCACACAGCAAGGUAUCCUGUGGCUGUCGCUAGUCUCUGAGGUGCUCCAUGUUGGCCUGCUCUCCUUUAGUUUCCUGCUGAUGGGGUUAGACUUCUGCUUAUCUAGCAACCCCACCUGUGGCCUCAAACUCAACGCCUUUGCAGCCAUUUUCUCCGUUUUGUCGGGGUUACUGGGAAUGGUCGCCCAUAUGAUGUACUCGCAGGUUUUCCAUGUGGCAGCGAGUCAAGGGCCUGAGGACUGGAGACCCCAUCACUGGGACUUUGGCUGGUCCUUCUACUUCGCCUGGGCCUCCUUCACAUUCUGUAUGGCUUCCUCAGUCACUGCUCUGAACGGCUACACUAAGACAGUCCUCGAAUUUAACCAGUCACAGAGAAUCUACCGGCACCGUUUGGAGCGGGGACUGGAUUCUCUCCCAAGACGAUCCUGCAGCUCAGUCCAAGCCUUUCCCGAUCCGGCUCUCGGCCUCCUGAACUGCAGGCCAUCAGCAGAUGAACUCAACACCAGGUCCCUAGGUGAUGAAUGUUGUUAACUCCUGGGAAGCAGACUGCGUCCGGCUCAUUCCUCUUCAUUGAUGUGAUCCUUUUGAAAUAUUGUCAACAUAAAACCUUUCCCCAAUAAAGAAACGAGCUGUGGACAGAA